GACAACACCAUGUUCAAAUUCUGGCUCUUUGCGCGCGCUACCUGUAACCGGGGAGGAACCCUGAGUAUUGCUGACAAGCGUGGCGCGAAUAAGAUCGUCUCUGUGAAUCGCAUGGGCCUCAGUGUGCGCAUCUUUCUCUGGUCUCUGGUGAACGUCCUUACCACAACCUUCCUUGUUUUAUCGAUCCCGCUACUGUUGAGCACAGCAGAGACCCACUUGGACUUCGUGCUCAAUGCAGCAGCAAGCAUCUUCAUCAUCGAGCUGGAUGACAUUGAGCCUAAGAAGUGCGUUGCAAUUGAAG